AUGGAACCAGGCAAUGAUACACAAAUUUCAGAAUUUCUUCUUUUGGGAUUUUCAGAAGAACCAGAAUUGCAACCUCUCAUAUUUGGGCUUUUCCUCUCCAUGUACCUGAUCACUGUGUUUGGAAACCUGCUCAUCAUCCUGGGCACCAUCUCAGACUCCCACCUCCACACACCCAUGUACUUCUUCCUCUCCAACUUGUCCUUUGUAGACAUCUGUUUCACUUCCACCACCAUCCCAAAGAUGCUGUGGAACAUCCAGACAGAGAGUAAAGCUAUCACCUAUGAAGAUUGCAUCACGCAGAUUUAUUUUUUCACACUCUCUGCAGUGUUGGACAUCUUUCUCCUGACAGUAAUGGCCUAUGACCGGUUUGUGGCCAUCUGCCAUCCCCUGCACUAUACAGUCAUCAUGAACCUCCGGCUCUGUGGGCUGCUGGUUCUGGUGUCCUGGAUCAUGUGUAUCCUGAAUUCCUUGUUACAAAGCUUAAUGGUGUUGCAGCUUUCCUUCUGUACCAACUUGGAAAUCCCUCACUUUUUCUGUGAACUGAAUCAGAUGGUCCAACUUGCCUGUUCUGACACAUUUAUUAAUAACAUGGUGAUGUAUUUUGCAGCUGUCCUGAUGGGUGGUGGUCCUUUUGCCGGUAUCCUUUACUCAUACUCUAAGAUAGUUUCCUGCAUACGUGGAAUCUCAUCAGCUCAGGGGAAGUAUAAAGCAUUUUCCACCUGUGCUUCUCACCUCUCCAUUGUCUCCUUAUUUUAUUGUACAAGCUUAGGUAUGUACCUCAGCUCUGCUGCUACCCACAGCUCACACUCAAGUGCAACAGCCUCAGUGAUGUACACUGUGCUCACACCCAUGCUGAACCCCUUCAUCUACAGUUUGAGGAACAAAGACAUAAAGAGGGCCCUGAAAGCCUUCUUUGUGAAGGAAACCACAAAAUUAUCUUAG